GGGCACUGCCGUUCAGGAAUACAUCUUGCAUCAAGUCGACAAUUCGGACGCUUUGUCAAUGUAUCAAAAAGUUUCCAACUUAUCCGAGAGUGAUGUGAUUGGAAUCAUCGCUUUCACAUCUUGCCCCACUGCUGCAGUCCUACAGGAACAAACCGCAUUAACGAACCUUCCAUUGAUAACCAUUGAUAAUGAAGUCUGUCCACAAACCUAUGACGGUCACCAUCAUCUGUCCAUGCUUCCAAAGUGUCAUAGUCAAAUCUCACAAUUCAUCGACAUAGUUCUACAUAUGAAAUGGGAGCAUGUCAAUGCCAUUUACGACUCAGAAAGUUCCUUUUGCAUUCAAGAACUCAUUGUGUUAUUGUCCAAAAAGAAUGUUUUGAGCAACGUCAUAUUUCUCCCUGAAGAACAACACCUAACGCUGGAAAUAUUCCCAGAGCAAGGGUCGGAGGAAGUUAUCUAUGUAGCUACAGACAAAGAACGGACGCUGAGCAUCGUGUCCGAGGCAAUGGCAGUAGAUAUGUUCAACAGGAGUUUCUACUGGGUUUUGAACCUAGACCCAUACACGUUGUGGAACAGCAUUUUGUAUAAGCCUGUCCAUGAAGGCUGUGUUCUUCUGAUAUCUGCCGGUCUUCAACAGAACGAAACGACGACGGCGGAUUUGUUGUCGGAAGCCCUAUCAGUAUUUCAGCGAGGAUUAGAUUUUACCGGUGAUGGACGAUAUGUCACAGACUUGAAAUCUCUUCGCUACGACCUCCAUCAAUACAUGGUAUUAAUGGACUCCUCAAACGAAACCAGAUUGAUAGAUAAGGAAUCACACGCUCGGGUUUUUAGUUCAGCCAUAGACGAAGAGACCCCGUUUCAAGAAGUUGCAGAGUAUUCUCAAGAACCGAAUAGCUUCCAUGUAGUUGAAGAUCGCCUGUACAAAUGUAUCUUUAAAGACUUCGGCAAUAGGACGCUGAAAGUCGUUUCUGUCGAGGAGAAACCUUUCCAAAUGCGAGUGGAUAAAGGCAAUGGGAGUUUCUACUAUUACGGGUUUACCUACGAUCUGCUGAAUGAAUUCGCCAAGCAGUUUAACUUCAGAUACGAAUUCGUGGAUUCAGUAGAUGGACUCUAUGGCAACCCGACAAAUCAUGACAAAAAUGCUUCAGGGAUGAUAGGAAUGGUCAUGAGAGGGGAGGCUGAUAUAGCUGUUGGUCCAUUUACAAUAACAGCAGAGAGAAGAAAAGUUGUAGACUUUCUCUAUCCCUUCCAAGAAGAAGGGGUUGGCAUUAUAAUGCGAAAAGUUGACAAUGAGGCUGAGAAAUUAUUCCGGGUCUUCAGUCCGCUUGAUACCGACUCUUGGCUUGCAACCGGAACAGCUGCAUUUGUUGCUGCAGUAGUGCUGUCAAUUAUAGUGAAGCUUAGUCCGUUUAGUAAAGGACUUCACAACAAAGUAUCUGCAAGCUUUUGGUUGGUUUUCUCGGCAUUUCUGCACCAAGGGGAAGAAAAAUCUUCCAAGUCUGUCCCCGCUCGGCUUGUGAUGGGAUUCUGGUGGGUUUUUACCAUUAUAGUGAUGUCUCUGUAUACGGCAAACCUAGCUGCCUUCCUGACAGUAUCCCUGGGAAAGGCACAAAUAAAGAACUUGGAGGAGCUUGUUGCUCAAACUGUUUACAAACCGUUAAUCAGGGACGGUAGCAGUCUUCAUAUGUUAUUCAAGAAAGCUGAAGGAGGAAUCUAUAAGAAGAUUUGGGACAUGAUGAGAGAUAUGCCUAAAAUAAUAUCAUUCGAAGAAGGGUAUGAGAUGAUCGUCAAAAGUAACUAUGUUUACAUAACAGAUGAAUCGGAAGCCAGAUUUAUGACUAUGAAAGACUGCAAGAAUCUAGAAAUGGGGGAUGAAACGUUACAUAAAGGAAUGCUCUCGUUCGUUAUAAAGAGAAACGCAGAGUUUAAAGGGGCUUUUGAUAAACACAUGCUCAAAAUGGUGCAAAUUGGCAUGGUGGAUAAAUACAAGAAGAUAUGGUGGGAUACACAUUCUUGUCACUCGGCAAAUACUGCCACUGAACUGGAAUUUAAAAGUACCAGUGGAAUAUUCAUUGUGUACAGUAGUUUUAUAUUUAUUUCGGUCAUCUGUUGCCUGGUGGAGCUGUAUCUUCGAGGCCGGAAAUUCAAAAAGAACAUAGUUCGCUCUAGCUCGGAAAGUCUCCAAGAUAUUUCUGUUGCUAUGGGUGAUAACUGAGCCAUUAAAAUAUGUACCAUAUAUCUCUUUAAUCUUUGAAUAUCUAUGUUUAAAGUUUUGAUUUUUAUUCUUAGCAUCAAGUAGAAAUAACAUCAAAAAAGUUCAAAAUUCAGACACUCAAUGUGAUGUGCCUGUGUGACUUAAAAUUACAUGUAAAGAAAUAUUUACAUUCAUUCUUUUAUGUUGUAUAUUAAUCACUUUAUUAUUAAAUGCAAUAAAACCAUGCA